UCGACUUUAGUCUAAGUGACACUUAUUGAAAAGUGGGCCUUGGGUCACCUGUGGCAGCAGUCAGAUAUUAAUUUGAAGUGCUAGUGUCACACGUCUUUGCCGAUAUGUUGGUGUGAAUAUGCAAAACUUUCUUCCUCGCAUGUCUUUUUGAGGCAUAUUGUUAUAAUACAACCAAAAACUGAUUAUUAGCUGUAACAGAAGCAUGACCUGUAUUCUUUCCUACAUCCUUUCUCUUGUUUUCCCAUGUUAUACACACAUUGUGCACUGUGGUAAGACCUCAGAAAGACUUGUGGUCGGAAGGUAAAUCAUGGGAGCAGACAGAUCUCUUCCAGAUGUUCGAAUUCAGACACAUACACAGAAGAAGGAGCUCAUUGGGGAGCGGUGAUUUCCCUGGCCACAGAGGGCAUGACAGGGUGACUGGAGACAGACAAACACGCACAGGAUGCCAACUUAAAAGUAACAAGGAAAAGUAAAAGACGGUUGUAGACAACCACAAAUUAAUAAGUGUGCGUGCGUGUGUGUGUGAAGGGAUUACCCUCUCCUUUCGUGAGCAGGCGGAUUAGCUGGGCUUGCAUUUGGCACCGGGCCCUCACGCUACCUGUCUGUUUUGGUGUGCGUGCACACUGCAUGUGAGGGUUAAUUGCCUUUUUGGAAAAACCCUCUGUGGAGGUGUCAGGAUUUUGGAAACCUCCUGUAGUAAAAACCAGCUUUUGGAUCCCUGUGGGAAAAACUAAAUGAGUGGAAAGGGUGAGGAUGGAGAAAAUCUGAGCAAGGGUAUAAACUAUAUAAGAGUGUUUGGUUGUUGUUUUAGAUUGUGUGGGAAAACUGAAGUGGAGGUUCCCUGACUGGGUGCAAGAGAUUUGGAAAUUUCCAGCUCAUUUUGGUUUCGCUGUUGGCAGCGUUUUCUGACACACAUUCUAUGGUUGCGAAGCAAGUGCUACUGAAUAAACAAUAAUUAACAGUUACUAAAUAGAAAAGACCCCCAUGCUGUCAUCAAACCAUUUUUCAUUUCUUUUUAACCACUUUGUCUAAAGUUUAUUCAACUGAGUAAAAGUAUAUGACAUUAUAGAAAUAACACACUCUCUGUUAUAUAUAAAUAUAUAUAUAUAACACUUUCUCGUAUCUGUUUCGAUAUCACGUGCUUAUUAUACAGAUCAUUCAUCCGUGCCUCAGUUUAAAUGCACCUGUGCCCUCCCAAAUACGUUUGAAAACAUUUCUCACCCAAUCAGGGACCCUCUUUUUCUCAGUUAUACGAGCAUGUCAUACGUUUUCUAUACCUCCCUCUUCCUCGACCCAUUUUUAAACUCUCAGCCACUUUCAUAUGACUGAAUGAGUUUGCAAGUUUCGUCUUUCGGAAUGAUCAGCAAGCUGGACAGUGUGCUCCUGACGCAGAAGAAAUUUACAUUCCAUUACAAAAAUGUGCGCUGGGCCCGUGGGAGACACGAGACUUACCUUUGUUUUGUGGUGAAAAGACGUAUUGGCCCUGACUCCCAAACUUUUGACUUUGGACACCUGCGCAAUCGCUCCGGCUGCCAUGUAGAGCUGCUUUUCCUGCGCCAUUUGGGGGUGCUGUGUCCAGGACUGUGUGGUUCAAGUGUGGACGGUGCGAGGAUGUGUUACUCAGUGACCUGGUUCUGCUCCUGGUCGCCCUGCGUUAAAUGUGCCCGGCAACUUGCCCACUUCCUGUCGCAGACGCCCAACCUGCGACUGAGAAUCUUUGUGUCACGCCUGUAUUUCUGCGAUGAAGAGGACAGCCAAGAGAGGGAAGGACUGCGAAACCUAAAGAGGGCAGGGGUGCAGAUCUCUGUGAUGACUUAUAAAGACUUUUUCUACUGCUGGCAAACAUUUGUUGCACGGAGAGAGAGACGUUUCAAAGCCUGGGAUGGCCUUCAGGAAAACUCUGUCAGACUUGUUCGAAAACUGAAUCGGAUCCUUCAGCCCUGUGAGACGGAGGAUCUGCGGGACUGUUUUACACUUCUUGGGCUUUGACCACAAAUAUGAGAUUCUCAAAUGACUGAACACUGAGAUAUAAAUGUGUGUAAAUGGUGCUGUUGACCUGAGACUUGAAUCUACUGACUUGAAUUUGAGUAAAUACUGUACUGUACUGUAAUAAUCUGAGAUGAUAUUAUACUGUAUAUAGCAUUAAUGUGAUAUGUUCACUCAAAGUAAAAUAAAAGCUAAACAUUGACAUGUUAUUCUGUGAUAAAGCUGUUUUCAUAAACACAUUCUGGACUACCAGGUGCAUGAGGUUUGAUGAGAGUAUUUGUGCUGAAUUGAAAGUUUCUUAAAAAGUGAAUAAACUGUUAAGAGAUGUUUUAUGAUUAAUAAUAUUUCCCACCUCUGUCAUAAAAAGGCCCAUAACCAUUAGACACGGGGAACCACCA